UCAACUAUUUAAUAUUUUACAUAUACUUUUUAUUUGAUUUCAAAAUAUCUAUGAGAAGAUACAUAACCAUAAGUUCGAAUAGUUGAAAUAUAGUACUGUUUAAUCAUUGAAAAAUUAGCUAGAUUUUGAUAAAUUUCUCUAAAUUUUUUUUAUUAAUUUAUAAUCCAUCAAACAAGGAAGACUAUUGCUACAUGAGCCCAAAGUUUCAUAGCCGAAUGCAAAGCUCUGAGUGGAAUCCGACACCGGAACCUCGUCAAGCUAAUCACUUGUUGCAUUACUCGUGGUCUCCAAGGUAAGGAGUUCAAAGCUCUAAGAUUAGAAUUCAUGUGCAAUGGAAGCUUGAACAAGUGGUUCAAGUGGCUCCACCCACCAAAUCCUUUGCUUAUGGCUAGAGAGAACCAAAGUCACCAUUUGAACUUGAAUCUCUUGCAAAGAUUAAGCAUAGCGUUAGAUGUAGCAUCUGCCAUGGAAUAUCUACAUCACAAUUGUCCAUCACUUAUUGUGCAUUGUGGUCUGAAACCUAGUAACAUUCUUCUGGAUGAAGAUAUGACCGCACAUGUUGGUGACUUUGGCUUGGCGAGAAUCCUUUCUUCAAUUGUUCCAUCGGAACAUCAGAGUAGUACGCUUGGACUCAAGGGAUCAAACGGUUACAUCCCUCCAGAGUACGGUUUCGGUAUUAAUGCGUCGACCAAGGGAGAUGUUUAUAGUUUUGGGAUUUUUUAUAGAAACGAAAAGCAAUCCACGAAAAUAAGAAAGAAGAAACAAACACAAAAGAAAGAGACAACCACCAUAAUGCAAAGAUAUACGUGGUUCGGCAACAUGCCUACGUAAAUGGGAGAUGAGAGUUUCUUUACUAGCAAUAGAGAAUAGGGUUACAAUAGCUCUCUUCCUCACGACUAUCUGUUCUCUUUGAUUACAACGAAAUCUGCAUAUUUCUUUUAAUUCUCCCCCAACACAACGAUAUAUAUUGAAUCGCAACAAUGUAUAUCGAGUCGCAACAAUAUAUAUCUAAUCAUCCGGAGUUAUCCUUUUGACUAUACCUUGACAGAUCUAUUUCUGCAGA